AUGGACAAGUCACCCUCCAGUUUUCCGGUUAAAAGUGAUGCAUCUGAGUCACAAAUCCCCACAAAUCUCGGGGAUUAUUUUGGGAGGGCCUGCGAAGCACUUAAGAUAUCUGGAAUAUCAUCUACUAUCGGUCCUGCUAAGCUUCUUGAAUUGAUUUAUGCAUCAGCUUCGAAGGCCCUUUCGACUUGUCCACCCAACUAUUUGGGAAAGCCAAUGCUUCCUGUAGAUGGCCUCUCAGACAAACUUUGGUCGCAAGUUUGCCACAUUGGUGAAAUCCUCCAAUUGGAAUACAGCAGUCGACGGGAGACCCUCAUUAAGCGCGCUGAUUGUACCGUACAGAGCUUCAAGUGGUCCGACAGAGUGAAAUCUAAACAGGAGACAAUAGCGGCUGCCUACAACCCACUAAGGUCAGUUAUGCAAGUGAAUCCCCACAUGGACAUUGUGCCUCAGCUCCUGGCUGCUCGCGACGUCAACUUGCUAUUAUCUGAAAAGACCUCUGGCACGUCGGCACGACUCUUCACAUCGUGUCCGCUGAACCGAAUUCUCAUGGCCGGUCAAGUUCCCGACCGUGGGGGUCGAGCCUGGGAACUUGAGGCGCCUCCUCCUGAGAUGCCAUCGUUUCAGAAACGCCAAGGUCAGGGGUAUAGCGCGCGAGGAUCAGGCGGUGGAGGUCGUGGGCACGGCGGAGGUUCAAAUCGCGGCAGCGGCGGCGUCUUGGGCGGUGGACGCAAAGGCAGUGGUGGUGGUGGCGGCAGCACCUACGCCUCGCAGCCCCAGUCUGGCUUCUCUUUCACUUGUCCUGACGCCUUCGAUGUUCUACAGAGUGAUGUCACCUUUCAGUUCCUGCUUACCCUAGAACAACUGCUUGUAUUCUGUCCAACCGUGAUUUCCACUGGGUGGUUGUCACACUCGUUGGUUUCGGACCACCCAACUAGGAUCCGAAUAAGAUCUCAGCAAGCAGAAAUUCGUGGAACGGCACGCCACAGUUUUUCUCUGGGCGCGGUGGACGGGGACGUGGGAGGGGAAAUCGCGCUCGCUGAACCCUUCCGUCACACGCGGAACCAACUCAACUAA